AUGCAGUGUGCCUCUCAAUCGUCUUUGACGGUUGAAUCCUACGAUGACACCUCGACUGCGAUCACAAGUGGCGUCGACGAUGCCUCGAAGCCGGGACUAUAUAAACGACGACAUUCCUCAUUCCACCCGCGCAGAAGGAGCUCCGACAAAUUAGAAGCAGACGAGGGUAUCAUCGUGCGUCUCGACCUCUUCCUCUCCGAACUCGAACGAAGAUUGGAUUUCUUGGAAAGCUAUGGAAACUUGAACUUCGACUCGAGUAUCUCGCGGGCGUAUGCGACGCUUCAGGCGGUGCGGGCGAAAUGCUCGCAGGUCUCGGACGAGGUUAUUGGAGCUGGAAGACGGAGGGCGAAGAUAAUGGUUGAAACUGUGGAAUCGAGAUAUCACGAGGCCAUGACGGCGAAAGAGACGCUUAAUGAGAAGGUAUAUGAGGGAAUGGGGUUGUUGGAGAAUAUACUUGCGGAUUUUGAAGCGAAAGCAUAUAAAAUGCGGGAACAGGGCUUUGCUAGCGCGGCCGGUACGUUAAUGGACGAGGGGAAGCGAGUUGUGGAUGGGGGAAUAGUAAGAGCUCGCGGGGUCAUUGAUGAAGCUAUUAAGGCGGCGGAAUCGUUGGAGGAACAUAUUGAGGCUGCUAUUGCUCAUGCGAGAGAGCAUGGCCUUUUGAGAUAUGACCAAUUGCCGGCACCAUGGCAAAAUAAUCAUAGAAUCAGUAAGUCCAAACUCAUGUCGCAUCAUUGAGGGGUAGUGCUAAAUAAUUCAAGUCAACGGAUAUCGAUUCACAUCCUCCAAGCUGGAAUGUGUAAGGUCGAUGUUCAAUAUUUCCAACGAGACCGUCAAUAUCUGGUCCCAUGCUAUUGGACUGUUUAUAGUCUUAGCGAUUGCCUUUUACUUUUAUCCUACUAGCGCCAACUUUUCACUCAGUACAAAUACGGAUGUACUGAUAGCCGCUGUGUUUUUCGUUGCUGCCGCUCAAACACUCUUGUUCUCGGUUUUUUGUAUGCACAAUUUCCCUCCGUCUACUACUACUAAACUGACCACUCUAGGGCACACUUUCAAUAGUGUAGCUGAUCAGUGUCUCAUGGAGAGAUUUGCAUGCGUCGAUUACAUAGGAAUUUCGCUCCUUGUAACAGCAUCAAUCAUCUCUACGGAAUAUUUUGCCUUCUACUGCGAACCUCUAAGCAGGUAUCUGUACAUGGGCCUGACUGCGAUACUUGGAGGCGUCGUGCUCGUCUGUACCACACACCCAACCUUCAACCACCCCAACAUGGCUCUAGUAAGGGUUGCCGCCUUCGUGACGCUCGGUGCAUCAGGCUUCAUACCAGCUGGACAACUGGUAUUCACCCGUGGUGUUGACUGGGUGUGGCAAUUUUAUGCCCCUAUUACGAAGAGCAUCCUGGUCUACCUCUUUGGGGCAUUUAUUUAUGCUGCCAAAGUCCCGGAACGUUGGGCACCGGGAACUUUCGAUAUCUGGUAAUCAACUCUCUUUACUAUGCAAUACUACUUGAGUUCAUCCGCUGAUUUGUGAUUUUAGGGGUUCAUCGCAUCAGCUUUGGCAUGCCGCCGUUUUGGGGGGCAUUUUAUAUCAUUACAUCGCUAUACAGGCUUUCUUUGCUGGAGCCCAACAGAGAGCGGCAGACGGUUGUUCGGUUUAUUAGAAUGUUGCUUUGGGAUCAGGGGUUUGUGUACGUUCGUUCGUUGGUUUUUAUGUGUAUAGAUGGUUUUAUGAUAGUCAUGAUAGGCUCGAUAGGUAAUAGAGAGGAGGUAGAGUGAUUUCGGUUAUCACUUGGUGUUCCACUUGCGC